CGCGUGGAGGAAGUGGACAUCUUGUUGAUAGAGCCCGGUGUUAACAUCACCAGUGGGUGUAACUAGAAUAGGCUACUAUUUAUCUAUUGUAAUAAUUUUUAAUAAAAUCACCGAUUUGUAAAAUGGACGAUACAUACGAUGUCAUUGUUAUGGGCACAGGGCUCAAGGAGUGUAUUUUGAGUGGUAUGUUGUCAGUAUCUGGAAAGAAAGUUCUUCAUCUGGAUAGAAAUGCUUACUAUGGAGGAGAAAGUGCUUCUUUAACACCCUUAGAUCAGGUAUACCAGCACUUUGGAAAACCAGUUGUUGGUGACAAGUAUGGUCGCGGAAGAGACUGGAAUGUUGAUCUCAUUCCCAAAUUCUUGAUGGCUAAUGGUCAGCUUGUGAAACUGCUCAUUCACACUGGUGUCACUCGCUAUCUGGAGUUCAAAUCAGUGGAUGGUAGCUAUGUCUACAAAGGAGGGAAAAUCUACAAGGUGCCUGCUGAUGAGAAGGAAGCUCUUGCCUCAUCCCUGAUGGGUAUAUUUGAAAAGCGUCGCUUUAAGAAUUUCCUUCAGUUUGUUCAAGACUUUGACAUCAAUGACCCUAAAACAUGGAAGGGUGUUGAACCUACUGUACCUGCUAAGCAGUUGUAUGAAAAAUUUGGCCUUGACGCCAAUACUCAAGACUUCACAGGCCAUGCUUUAGCAUUAUUUAGGAAUGACAAGUACAUGACAGAACCCUGUACUCAGCUUGUGAAGAAGUGCCGACUGUAUAGUGACUCUUUGGCAAGAUAUGGCAAAUCACCUUACCUGUAUCCUCUGUAUGGUCUGGGAGAACUGCCUCAAGGCUUUGCCAGGUUGAGUGCUAUUUAUGGUGGUACCUACAUGUUGGACAAACCAAUUGACCACAUUGUCAUGGAGGAUGGCCAUGUUGUGGGCGUGUCUGAUGGCAAAGAUACUGCCAAAUGCAGUAUUGUGGUGUGUGACCCAACCUAUGCUAAGGACAGGUGUAAAAAAGUAGGCCAGGUUGUUCGUGCAAUUUGUAUUCUGAAUCAUCCAAUAGAAAACACCAAGGAUGCCCAGUCAGUUCAAAUUAUCAUCCCCCAGAACCAGGUCAAUAGGAAUGAUGAUAUCUAUGUGUGCAUGGUGUCCUCGGCACACAAUGUUUGUGCCAAAAACUAUUACCUGGCCAUUGUGGCUACAACCGUAGAGACUAAUAACCCAGAGGCUGAGCUCCAGCCUGGUCUAGAUUUGCUGGGUCCAAUAGAAGAAAAGUUUGUGAGUGUAGUUGACUUGUUUGUCCCUAGUGAUGAUGGCAAAGAAAGCAAGAUAUUUAUUUCCAAAUCCUACGAUGCUACAACUCAUUUUGAAACCACAUGUGAUGAUGUGCUGGACAUCUUCAAACGCAUCACCGGGGAGGACUUUGACUUCUCCAAAGUUAAACACACAGAUGUGGAGGCUGUAGGGGAAUAAAGCCAUUGUUCUAACCUGUCAUUUUAUAUGUCUUCAAACAGCAGUGUUUUAACUCUUUGCUUGCAAGCUAGAGUCAUACAUUUUAGUAGUUUCUCAAAUAUUUUUUUUUAAGUGAAGUAUAAAAUUCCUAAUGGAAAUGACUUGAACAAAUUGUCCACCAUUUUGUCAUUGCUUUGCGGUCUUGUAUUCUAGGUAGAUUUUUAAUUUAAGCUGGUUUUUUUUUUUUUUUUUUGUGUAUGGACAACUUACACUGGACCAAGGUUUGGUUUCAUUGAAAACACUUAAGUCUACAUCAAAUUAUUUCUGUUUGAAUGAUCUAUUAUUAAAUAUAUACAUGUCGACAAAAGUAAACAAACAAAAAAAAAUGUAAAAAGACAACCAAAAAAAAAUGUGUUAAUUUUGCUCUUGUGCUAAAUGGCUUUUGAACACUGCACUGUGUAGUCUUGACAAAUAUUUUUUGUACAAUACAGUGUUAAUUAUUUUUUUUUGUCUGUUAAUAUCUUCUUAAAACUGUUCACUCUGUGGAAGAUAGUUGGAAGUCUAGUUGGUGUAGUGAUUGAUGGUCAUUUGUUUCCCCACCAUGAUUGCUGUCUACUUCUUUCUUUCUCUCUGGUGGACAGAACUACUCAGUGUCUGAGACAUUCUACAUGUUAACAGCAAUGCUGUUGAAUAUUUUUUUUUUUUUUUAAAUUGUUAGUUCAUUUAUGUUUGGGGUCAAGCAUGGCAUUUUGCAGUGAGCACAUUGGACAUUAUUUGUUGGAAGUAGCUAUACAUUUUAUAAACUUCUUCUUGUACAUCUUUAUGUAUUUUUUUUAUGGCUUGACUUGUCCAUCUUUAGUCUGUGCACACAUAGUGACAAAGUUUGUCUCAUUUGUUUUAGAUUUUUUUUAUAUUUUUUUUGGAAAUAACUUGUGUUAAUGGCAUAAAUCUGGAAACUUAAUACACCAACAACAAAAACUAAAGACAAUUACAUUCCUUAUUCAAGUGAUGACAAUGUUUCAGUAGUAUAUCAUUCAUUUAAUUACUAAUAGUUAAAAAUACUUAUGUUGGCUUUUUCAAAAUCUAGAUGUAAUAUAUGGUUUUAACUUUAUUGUUGUUAAAUUUCAAUUCUGUUAAAGAAACAAAAAAAUCUGGGUUUAUUUUAAGCAUCAUAUUUUGGGGAAUCUGUUUUUCAAAAGACUGUUUGACAUAUAGGUAUAGACAGUAGCUUGACUGAUACACAUCUCAUCUGCCUGGUACUAAUGGUAGAAGUGUCUUUCACUUGGUGACCAAAAUUCUUGAAUGGCUAACAUAGUCUACUUGCUGCAGGACUUCUCAAUGUGAUGUUUCAUUUAUGUACUGUAUUAUUUACCAGAUUUAUUUUUGUGUCCAUUUAUUUGCAAAGCUCAAUGAUAAUGGGAUUUCUCCCCGCGGCCCCCUUUUCCCAUUUUUUUUAUGUUCACAUAAUAUUUGUUGACAUGACCUAAGAGGACAAACAUUUUUGUUAAUGGCCCCUGCUUUGCAUAUAUAUAUAUAUAUAUACACACACUUAGUAUACCCACUGGACUUGCAGUAUUGAUAACAGGUUUAGCUUUUUUGUUUGGUCUGCUGGAUACAAUGGAGUAGUACAAGGUUUUUUUUUUUUUUUUCUUCCAUAAAAUGAUUUUUUUUUUUUUUUUGCUUGUGUUUUUGACACAAAUAUUUGUAGAAAUUACUUUUUGAAUUUAAUGGGCUGAAAAGAGAUUUCAAUGAUGAAAUAGAUUUAGGUGCUUUUUGAAUCUUUGAGGAGGCUGUAGCACAUCCCCACAAAAUAAUAUCUGUUUGGGAAAGUUGGACUAAAUAUCAAUUCUAGUCUCUAACGAACGGCUAGUGGAGAUUUUUGACAGAGGAAUUAUUGGGUUUGCAUUUUGUAUGUGUUUCGUAUCAUGUGCAGUGCUGGGGCAUUUGUAUUUGUUCAUCCUUCUAGUUAGAACACAAAUGGAAUUUUUUUGUUGUUGUUCAUUUUUGUUUUGUUUCAUUGUCUUGAUUAAAAGUGAUAAUUUGUGAUUUUCAAUUCUACUGUAGAUGUUUGAAUGUUGAACUUGUGUGCAAUGCAGAAAAUAUUAUUGUUUCAAUAUUUAUCAUUGGCUGCUCUAGGGUCACAUAUUUUAUGUUGCAAGACUGUACUAUUGGUUUGUUAGCUUUGAUUAGCCUCCCUGUAACUCUGAUUUUGAAAACAUUGGAGUGGAAAAUUUUUUUUUUUUUUUUCUUUUUGGGCUUGAGAUUUUUUUUUUUUUAAAUUAAAUGCUGUCAAUAUUUUUUGUAUUUUGAUGAAAUAAACUGUGUAAUUGUUUCACAAAUUUCCCCACCCUUUAAGUUCUUUGAUUUAUGUAGGUCAGUUGCUCUUGUUGUUUUUGUAUCCUUUAUUUGAAUUAAAUCUCUUACAAUAACUACA